AUGAUCUACGCUCGUUUACUGGUCGGGAAGCCUACACCAGGCAAGGCUGUGUCUCCUUUACCCGACAACGUCGACGGUGUCGCAUGCAACAGAGGACCGUCCCGAAUCAAUGGCAGACUCAGUGUCCUCGAGGAUUGCAUAAGACGCCACGCAUUUGACACGGUGCAACUAUGUCUGAGAGGUGUUAUUACAUCCUCCGUGGGCUACAAGCACGCCAUCGAGGACAUAAUCACCCUGACCGACGUCAAGGCCAUGUCAGACUUCAGACAUUCCACAUGUAUCAGCGAGACCGAUACGCGCAAAGUUCGCCAUCUGGACUUUUACUUCGAGUUGCCGACUACGAUUGCUGGCCAGGAUGGAGUUUUCCGUCCUCUACCCUUGACUGGCGUAUUCACGGGUACCACCACUAUUACCCAAAACACGGCGCUGAACGAUCACCGGGUCGAGCGUGGGGACUGCGAGGUGUCUUACUGGGUUGAGGUCAACUUUCGCCUCUCCGGGACCCAGGUCGGUUUCUUGAAUCAGCAUAUUCAAAUCUCGUCUCUUUACCCUUGUCUACGGGCGUCGCCAGCACGGGGAAACCCUCUGACGAUCCGUGCCAAACCCGACAUUCUUUCGCGAUGUCGGUUUCAGAAACCCCCGGAUCUAUCGCUCACUUUGUCGGAAGCCGACAUGACCAUAAAACGGGACGCGCAGACUGGAAAGCGACACAUUAGCGUGCCGCUCACCGUGGCCAUGGACGCCUCUGAGGCUUUGUCCAUGGAUUCACGUCAAUCGCUGAAAUGCUCCGUCGAAGCCAAGUGGGAGGUCAACACGCGCUUCUCAACCACCCCGGGCCGCCCGUCGGCCGCGAAGGUGAGAGCGGGGGAAGUCAUCUACAAAAAGACCACGGCAUCCACGCACAAGUCGACCAUCUUAUUUCGCCCGCUCCCGCAGUACGACGACUACCGGCGCGCGCAGAAGGGGAAAAAGAACCCCGCUGAGCCCUACGUUGCGACAUCUCAACUCGACUUGGCCGUGCCCGAUGCCGUCUCUCAGCCCUCUCUAGAAUGGAAACAUCUGUCGAGGACCUACACGCUGGACCUCAGUAUGACGUUCCACGGCGGUCAAGGAGCGCCCAAGUACUCUCUGCACAAUGGCAUUUCGCUCUUGGUCAAGGCUGACGCGUCGAAAGCCGACGAUGCUGCGAAGAGCCAAAUCGUUGUGGACGUCUCGGAGGUUGCUUCGGGAUUGGACUCUGAUGAAGAAGAUGCCAGCCUAAGUGAGCUGCUCGUCCCGCUAGGUAUAAGUGCGGUGCAGCGGCAGCAAGGCCAACGCACUGCGACAAGGACGCCGCCUCCAGCCUACUUUGGAUGA